UCGGCCCUUUCAUCUUCAUCGCGUGGAAAACAAACAGUCGCUCAUAGAGGUGUAUACAUCCUCCAUCGCUGCAGCCGUCGACGAGCAGCCUUCGAUCUUCAUCUCGUGGAAAACAAACAGUCGCUCAUACACCCGGCACCGCAGCCGUCGACGAGCAAGGCGAAGUAUCAGUUAUCGCUCCAUUCUUUCAGCGCCAUUUUCUGCAACUCGAAAAUGAGUCAAGCAACAACAGGUAGCAACGGCGCAGCCCGUUCCAGCAAGCCCAACAAGACGGACCAAAAGCGCCGUUCUUGGUCCACUCACGAAGAACAUGUGUUGCUCGCCUCAUUGAAAGAACUUGUUGCCAACGGUUGGAAAUCCGACAACGGAUUUCGCGGCGGGUAUUUGAGCAAACUCGAGGAGGCCAUGAGGAAGGAGUACCCCGACACUGACUUGAAGGGAACGCCCCACAUCAACUCGAAGGUGACAACAUGGAAGAAAACAUAUUAUUCACUUUGGAACAUUCUCAAACAUAGCGGGGUUGGCUUCAAUGUCAACGGCAAGCAUAUGAUUGACUGCGAUGAUGAGCAGUGGCAAAGCUUUGUGGCUGCUGAUAAGAAUGUGGGCAAUUUUCGUUACAAGAGUUGGCCUUAUUACGAGGAUUGGAAGCUAAUCUUUGGCAAGGAUAGGGCAACGGGCGAUGAGGCGGAGGACCUAAUGGAGGCGGCGCAUGAAAUGUAUCAAAAGUUGAGUGGCAGCCCGCUCAACGAUCUUGGAGAUUACCACGUCUCCCUCGACGACAUAUUUGAGAAUGACGUGACCGGGGACAAUGUAAGUCAAACCCCCAAUCAACAAGAAACCAUACCGAAUGAACGGGAGGCUCCAACAACAAGCAAGAAAAGGCGCCGUAGUGGAGGUUUCGAUGAGAAGUUCUUUGAGGCAUUGCAUGAGGUCGGGCGGGGCACGGAAUCACGACUUGAGACUAUUUCAUGUAGAAUGGGGUACGACUUCGACGUAUCAAAGGCGCGCAAAGAAGUGAAUGCCAAGUUGAGUGGCAUACCCGGGCUCUCACAACAUGAUAAGUUUGUUGUAUGCAAUAUGCUUGCGGAGAAAACGGAGUAUCUCGAUAUCUUUUCUAGCCUCUCCGAGGAUGAGAAGGGAGCAUAUGUCACGUUCCUUCUUGCUUCGAAGAAGGACAAGUGAUUCAACUCGUACAAGGGGGCGUCUCUUUUUUGAACGUGGGUACACGCACUUUACUAUCGUGUAUUGGAUCUUAUUUGCUUUUUAUUGUUUCUCAACUCUUUCUAGUUUGGGAUAUUUCUGUUUUUUAUAGACUUCAAUGUCAUUUUUUGCUAAUUUUGGAUUCAUAUAUGUUGUUGAAUUAUGGAGCGGCUCUUUUUGAGUAUUAA